AUGAGACGAUUCUUUCGCCACUCUGGAACUGCCAGCGCGGAUAUUAAUUUCGCCGGCACGAAUCUAAAAAGCCAGACGACACUGCAUAUUGCAGCGCAAUAUGGAAACAUAGAGGCUAUAUCUGAGCUCAUCGCAUCUAGCACCAACAUCUAUGCCCAGUUUCCAAAUGGCAAGCCGGCGCUAGAGGUGGCCGCGCAGCGUGUACAGAUCAAGGCAGCCUCAAUUCUAAUCGACCACGGCAUGGAUCCGCUACACAAGUUUGAUGGAAUGCUUAGUGCCGUGUACCUGUCAGCUGUACACGGCAAGACGGAGAUGCUUCAAUGGUUUCUGGACCGGUACAAGGAUCACAUGGGUCGCCCGCGUCAAAGAUUAGUAUGGUGA